CACAGGACCAGAAAUGUGAUGAUUGGACUAUAAGUGAAAUGCCGCUAGAUCUAGUUUAACCUGUGGCAGAGGGUGUUCCUAAACAGAGAGAGAAAAAAAAUCAGAGGGAUUGAAAAAGGAUACGCCCUAAACUGGAACUGACUACAACAAGUUUGGACGGAAAAGAGCCAGCGUCUGGGGUUUAAGGCUGACAGAAGUUCGUCUGGGUUCGGCUUUGCGAGAAAGCAGUUUCCUCCGAGACAACAUCGAGUCCUGACAACACGGCCUGAACCAUGUCGCAGCCGAACAAAAGGAAAGCUAAAGAACCCAAAAAGGGAGCAAAGAAGCAAGAUUUAUCUAAAUCACCGAAACAAGGAGUCAGCAUGAGUGCUCAAACACCAGAGGAAAAGCCAAAAGGUGGUCAGCCUACUCAGGCAGAAGAUUCUAAACCAAUGAGCUCAACUAGAAAGCCAUCGGAUAAGCUAGGAUCAGGAACUGCACACAAGUCAGCAGAUUCAAGCAAGGUCAAGUCUGCAUCUAGUCAUUCAACAAAACCAACUACAGCUACUGGAGGGAAACAGCAACAGCCACAAAGUACAAUGGGCCUGGGAUGGACCAAGACUACCCCAGUGGAUACAAAGGAAACGUCUCCCACAAAAUCAUCCAUGCCAGAGGCUUCUGUUCACAAAACCACAGAGCCAAAGCUUCAGGAUAAAAAGCCCACGUUGAGUGCUGUGGACCAGCUUGCGGACACACUUCCAUCACAAGGACCAGAUACUUCCAUUCCUAAAUAUACUGGAGCUGAGGUUAAGGAAUCCAGUGAUUCUAAGAAGAAGGCUGAGCGUGUUGGAGAAACAGAAGAAUCAAUACCCCCUGAGUACAGAUUUACAGAACCAUCUGAUCCUAAGGAUAAAGGUAAAAAGGUGCCUUCAUCCACACAUCCAGAAACAAAGCCAAAGGGUAUGUCAGAAGGUGACGCCUUGGAAUCUCUGUCAGCAGACUUUGGCCUCGGCUCUGCAGCUCCGAUUUCGAAAUGUUCAGCCGCAACCUCUCAUUCUGCAGCUCCACAGUCUGUGCUGAAGGAGGUACAGCAACAAUCUCCAACUAUACCUUCAAAAGCUUCAUCAGCUGCAAGUAAAAGUGAUUCAAAGGGUGAAGACCCAUUUGACCUGCCCGCAGGAACACUUCCAUCAGAGGCACCGGAUGAUUCAGGCCCAAAAUAUACUGGUCCUGAGGUGAAGGAAUCAGAUGUUAAUAAGAAGAAAGCUGAACGAGUGGGAGAAAGGGAAGAAUCCAUACCCCCUGAUUACAGGUUUAAAGAACAGCCUGAUCUGAAGGGCAAAGAUAAAGCAGCCUCAUUCUCCACUGGUCCAGGAGUAAAACCAGAGAAAAAAGGGAAGGGUCCAACAGACGAUGACGUCCUGGAGUCUCUGUCAGCAGACUUUGACCUCAGCUCUUCAGCUCCAGUUUCAAAAUGCUCGGCUGCAACCUCUCACUCUGCAGUUCCACUGUCAAUGCAGAAGCAGACACCUCUGCAAGCCUCAACAGCUGCCUCAGUUUCUGCGAGUAAAAAUGAAGUAAAGGCACCUCUGAAAGCUUCUACAGCUGCCACAGUUUCUGCGGGUAAAAGUGAUGCAAAGGAUGAGGAUCCACUUGACGUGCUUGCUGAAACACUUCCAUCAGAAGCACCGGACAAUUCUGCUCCAAAAUACACUGGUCCUGAAGUGAAGGAAUCCGAUGCUGACAAGAAGAAGGCUGAACGAGUGGGAGAAACUGAAGAAUCUAUACCCCCUGAUUACAGAUUCAAAGAUCAACCAGACUCGAAGGAUAAAGCUAAAGGGGUUCCUUCGUCUACUGGGCCAGGUGCAAGACCAAAGGUCACAGAGAAGAGCAUGGCAGAAAGUGAUGUCAUAAAGUCCCUGUCUGCAGACUUCGCUCAAACCCCCCCAGCUCCAAUUUCAAAAUGCUCAGCCGCAAGUUCUCACUCUGCACCUCCACUGCCUUCACAGCAGGCACCUCUGAAAGCUGCUUCAGCUGCCUCAGUUUCAGCAAGUAAAAGUAGUGCUAAGGAUAAGGAUCCAGUUGACCUGCUUGCAGGAAUGCUUCCAUCUGAAGCACCGGACAAUUCCGCUCCAAAAUAUACUGGUCCUGCAGUGAAGGAAUCAGAUGCUGAUAAGAAAAAGGCUGAACGAGUAGGAGAAACUGAAGAAUCUAUCCCCCCUGAUUACAGAUUCAAGGAACAACCUGAUCCUAAGGAUAAAGGUAAAGUGACCUCUUCUUCCACUGGUCCAGGUGCAAAAUCAAAAAAAACAGAGAAGAAAAUGACAGAAAGUGAUGUCCUGGAUUCUCUGUCAGCAGACUUUGUCCAAAGCUCUCCAGCUCCAGUUUCCAAAUGCUCAGCUCCAGUGUCUCAAUCAGCACCUCCACCAACUUCACUGAAGCAGGCACCUCUGAAAGCUUCCACAGCUGCCACAGUAUCUGCGGCUAAAAGUGAUGCAAAGGGUGAAGACCCAUUUGGCCUGCUCGCAGGAACACUUCCAUCAGAAGCACCAGAUGAUUCAGGCCCAAAAUAUACUGGUCCCGAAGUGAAGGAAGCAGAUGCUAAGAAGAAGAAAGCUGAGCGAGUGGGAGAAACGGAAGAAUCCAUACCCCCUGAUUACAGAUUUAAAGAACAACCUGAUCCAAAGGAUAAAGGUAAAGUGGCUUCUUCAUCUGCUGGUCCAGGAGCAAAACCCCCAAAAGAAACAGACAAGAGAAUGACAGAUGAUGAUGUCCUGGAGUCACUGUCCACAGACUUUGUACGCAGUUCUCCAGCUCCAAUUUCAAAAUGCUCAGCUCUGCCCUCUCACUCGGCAGCUCCGUUGUCUGUGCAAAAGGAGGCAUCUUCAAAAUCUUCAAAGGCUGGCCCAGUUUCUCCGAGUGAAACUGGAACCCAGGCACCUUUGAAAGCUUCGACAGCUGCCCCAGUUUCUGCGAGUCAAACUGGGACCAAAACACCUUUGAAAGCUUCAACAGCUGUCCCUGUUUCUGCGAGUCAACCUGGGACCAAAGAUGAGGAUGCAUUUGACGUGCUUGCUGGAACACUUCCAUCAGAAGCACUGGACAAUUCCGCUCCAAAAUACACUGGUCCUGAGGUGAAGGAAUCAGAUGCUAAGAAGAAGAAGGCUGAACGAGUGGGAGAAACGGAAGAAUCUAUUCCCCCUGAUUACAGAUUUAAAGAACAACCCGAUCAUAAGGAUAAAGGUAAAGGGUCCUCUUCCUCUGCUGGUCCAGGAGCAAAACCAAAGGAAUCAGAAAAGUGUGCCACAGAAGGUGACGCCCUGGAUUCUCUGUCAGCAGACUUUGGCCUGAGCUCCCAAGCUCCAAUUUCAAAAUGCUCAGCUGCAACCUCUCACUCAGCAGUUCUACCUGAUGUGCCAAAGGAAGUACCUCUGAAAGCUUCAACAGCUGCCUCAGUGUCUGCAAGUCAAGGUGAUACUAAGGGUGAAGAUCCAUUUGACCUUCUGGCAGAAACAUUGCCGUCAGAAGCACCAGAUAAUUCUGCUCCCAAAUAUACUGGCCCUGAAGUGAAGGAAGCAGAUGUUACUAAGAAGAAGGCUGAGCGAGUGGGAGAAACGGAAGGAUCCAUACCCCCCGAUUACAGAUUUAAAGAACAACCUGAUCCGAAGGACAAAGGUAAAAUUGCCUCUUCCUCUACUGGUCCAGGAACAAAACCAAAGUCUAUGUCAGAAGAUGAUGUCCUGGAGUCACUGUCCGCAGACUUUGUCCAAAGCUCACCAGCUACAAUUUCAAAAUGCUCAGCUCCAACUUCUCACUGUGCAGCUCCACCACCUUCACUGAAACAGGCACCUGUGAAAGCUUCGAAAGCUGCCCCUGUUUCUGCAAGUCAGGGUGGUACCAAGGGUGAAGAUCCAUUUGGGAUGCUUGCUGAAACUCUUCCAUCUGAAGCACCAGACAAUUCAGGUCCCAAAUACACUGGCCCAGCUGUGAAGGAAUCUGAUCAUUCCAAGAAGAAGCCUGAGCUUGUUGGAGAGACUGAAGAAUCUAUCCCUCCUGACUACAGAUUUAUAGAACAACCUGAUCCUAAGAAUAAAGGCAAACAGGCCACUUCCUCUGGUCCUGGAGCAAAACCAAAGGCAACAGAGAAGUUACCCUCAGAGGCUGAGCUAAUAGAAUGCAUGGCAUCAGAGUUCGACUCUUCAACUUCACCUUCUGGUGCACCACUCUCCAAGCAGAAAGAGGCAGGCCAUAAUACUAAAAGUGUGAGCAAGACAGCUUCAGCACCCAAAACCAGCGAUGUAGGACCGAAAUCACCAAAGACAAAAACUCAACCUAGUGCAAAAACAGCCCGCAAGCCCUAAUGUCUUCAAAAACCAGGUCCGGGUUUAAAACUGACCACUGUGCAAAUUUCUCUACAUUGGGAAUGUGCCUCCAUUUAAAUAAAUAUCUGUGGUUUUCUUUCACUUUGAGCUGCUGUAACAUGUUUUGUGGAGAAGUAAUGUACUGAACAUCAAUGUUGAGCAUAAUCAAAAUUCAAACUCAAUUUACUAAUUCUAAUUUUGCAUCGCCUGUUCUCUGAAGGUUUACAAACUGGAUUUAUAUAUUUAAAACAUUUUUUUCUCUCUAAGGGGAAGGAUGCUAUAUUUGUAGGAAUGUUUAUUCAUAUGCCACAAAUGUUUUCGUGUUACAUUUUUGGUGUUGUAUGAUAAUUACCACAGGACAUUAGGUUGUGUAGUUCUUAUAUUUUCAUUUUGAGUCAAGAGAUAUCUGAAGUCUGUGCACAAAAAUGAAUUCUGUCUCUGUCGCUCUCCUUUGAAACUGUUCUGAAGCCGAACCUUACUGUUUUCAACCUUGGUGUGGUACUGAACCGCAGGAUAAGCUUCUAACCAUUUAUUCAUUUCCUCAUCAGGACUGCUUACUUCCAUCACUGAAAUUAUUGCCCAACUCUACCCCUGUCUCAGCUCAUCUGCCACUGAAAACCCAUGUUCAUACCUGCCUUAUCUCUGACCUACAUAUUCAAUUACUGUACUGGCCAUCCUCUGAGCUCCCACACAGGUAGCAUCCUGUUGCCCAUCUUCUGACUCUCACCAUUUCUAUUCUCCAAUCAACCUCAUACUGCCUGAUUUGCAGAGAAUUGUUUCCAGAUCUACAAUGUAUUUAAAAUUCUUAUCAUUGUAUCUGUAAGCCCUCAAGGAUAUCUGCACUCCAGUCAAAUUAAAAGUGGAAAAAGCUGGAAGUACUCAGCAGAUCUGACAGCAUCUGUGGAGUGAAAAACAGACCUAACACUUCAGGUCAACGACCUUUUAUUGCAGCAAUCCAAUUCUAACCUCCUGAACAUCGCUGAUUUUAAUUGCUUCACUAUUGGUGGUCAUGUCUUCAGCGACAUGGACCCUAAGCCUGGAAACUCCCGCCAUAAACUUAUGCCUCCUUUAAAACACUAAAAUUUGCUUUUAAAGAAGCUUUCAGUGACCUGUCAGAAUGUUAUCUUAUGUGGCUUGGUGUAAAAUUGCGUUGGGGAACUCUCCUGUAAAGACCCUCAGUAUGUUUCACUAAAUGUGUUACAUAAGUACAAGUUCUUGAACAAUAAUGUGUUUACAUUGUGUAAAAUGCUGAUAUAACUGUUUGAAUAUACUAUAUUUUCCUAACCUUGCACCACAUAAAGCAUUUUGUUUGGGACUCAGUUGUUCAAGUUUACUUGUGGACUAUUGCUUUGGGUUUAUUAUAGAAAUUGAAUCAGGUGGGUUAAAAGGUAAUUUGAAAAUAA